AUGCCGGUUUCUCUGUGUCGUGGGACAGUACCUGUGUUGCUGGGUUUGGCUCGGGCCCUUGGCCGCUCCACAUCUGGGGACCCUCUUUUCCUGCAGAUUUUUCCAGAGCCAGUCAUCCCAACUCCAAUUGCUGCUGAGCCUCCACAAAUGGCAAAAAAGAAGAGUUUCAUAAAUUUUCGUCCCAUCAUUCCAAGGUCACUGUCCUCCACGCUACCCUCAUGUUCUGAUGUUGUUUCUCUUGUUAGUGUGGACAGUGACCGAGAUGUUGGGUUACGUAUGCCUGGAGGUCCUGGGAAGCGGCCUUCGUUGCAGUCUCAACAGUCUGUACCAUAUGACCCAAAGAUGUAUUUCUUCCAAAAAUAUGGAUCAAGUUUUGGAGCUAAUUUUCCACAACUAUCACAGUAUGACCACACACUGGUGUUUCCUGUACAACAUUUACAGACUGUACUUGCUAGUGCUAAGAAACUUCUGGGUAAGGAAGUGCUGACAGUAUUGGAUGAAGUAGCAUCUGAAGUAUUUGCUUCAUGUCAGGUGAAGAUGUUUCCGUAUCGUACUGUACGGGAAACAUUAAAUUUAGUUAUGGUCACACUCCUCAGGGAGCUUCUUGCAUACCAGAAAGACUUACCUGUGCCAUUUACUCGAGAUGUACAGGACUUUGUAAAAGGCCUGUUCCUCUCUGGUCAGACAGAGUUAGCUGUGCAGCAGAAUGAGAGUGGAGAAAAGAAUGAAAUUAACAAGAAAAUUCCAUCCGUCAACCCAUAUAGAAUUAAUGUUCAGGCUAAUGCUGCUUGCAUUGAUCUUUUAGUAUGGGCUAGUACAGAUGAAUCUGAGGCUGAGAGUUUGUGCAGUCGUCUAACAGAGAAAGCAAAUGUUCCUCAUGGCCAUCGGCUUGUUUUGGCUCAUAUGCCACUAUUGUUGGUGUGUUUAGAGGGCUUAGGUAAACUUGCCAGCAAGUUUCCAAAUAUUGCUGGCACAUGCAUUAAUUACCUUCAAGAUUUUUUGGUUAGUCCAUCUCCCAUCCUCCUGAAACUACAUCGCCAGCAAUCAGACUUUCUGACUCCUCAUCAGGGUAAUUUGACUGUGAAAGGUACAUUUCGUAUUAUAGUGGCUGUAUAUUUCAUAUUUUAUAUUCAAUGCAGUAGUUUGGAAAUUGAAUAUUUGAGGGAUCUUCAGGCUAAUUUUAGUGCUUUUUGAAAAGUAUUUACAAUU